AUGAGCUCCAUCCUCCGCAGCAGAGUUCCCGCACGCGUGGUCCGCCCUUCAAGGGUCCUCAGCCCUCGUCUGCAGAGCAUUGUUCCGUUCUGUCGGCGAACAUACGCACAGAGCUCGUAUGGCGGCGAGGGCGACAGCCAGUCGCAGCACCCAAAAAGCCAUCGUAACAGUCCGACGCGAGACAUUGAGCACCCAGGACCACCCCCUCCCGACGUCAGCAAGGACGCACCGUCUUCGUCCGGCGCCGAGUCUGAAUCUCGUACCUCGGAAGCCGACGAGGGUGUUAUGAACAAGAGGCCGAGCAAUAAAGCCAACCCGACGAUCAUCGAUGCCCGUCAGUCGCCUAACAUCGACUCAGAAGGCAAUCCUCGCGAAGAUGUUCCGCCGGAUGUGAAGCGACACAACGAGGAGGUCGAGAAUCGGCAUGAUCGACCAUACAAUCAUAUUGGCGAUGAAGGGAAGUAUCAGAAGGGGUUUUAG